CUACUCUAAACUAUGAACUAUCAGUAGGAGUGCGCCUCCAGCGGUCUGUCGCACAGAGCAAUUCCGGCCGUACUCGUAGUAGUGUGCUACGUGCUAGCGAGUCUUGCCUGUAGGAUCUGUAGAUCUGUAGCUGAUGACGUGAUCAACAACCAUCAUCGUCGUCUCGAACUCUCAAUCGAAUCAUGUCAUGAUCAGACAUCAUCCCUUUCUUUUUCUUGAGCACCUAAUCUAGACUCGGUCAUAACCGGUACUGCAUACCGAUAUACCUACCAAGGGCCUCCAGAAUCAACGGAUCCCCCGAACAAAACAGUAUCGACGAGCGAUCACGAACACCAACGAACGUAACACGAACUAGAACAACCCGCUAACGAUCGAGAAGCUGGACGGCUGGUCAACUCUCUCCUCGAAGCAUCCCGCUCACGAUGACCCUCUCGCCACUCUAUCUGGCGCUUCUCAGGGUAUAUCACUACUUCCCGCUCCAUUCCCCCGUCACGCUCUGGCUGGUCAACGGGGCUUGGGGCAGGUUCUCCGCAAAAGGGGGAAAGGAGGGGUGGUAUUUGGAUGGGAACAAGGCUUGGGCUGUUAUGGAGAUCGUCUCGCCGUUGACGUUCAUCACGACCGUUCUCUUCAACUGCGACGUUUCAGGAUUGAGUACGGGGAGCAAGGUCGCCAUCUCCAUGUACCUCCUACACUACUCCAUCCGCUCUAUCAUCUCCCCCCUCAUCCUCGCACCCCAACGAGCACCACAACAUGCCAGCGUCACCCUGAGCGCGAUGGGGUUCAACCUGAUGAACGGGUAUAUCAUGGGAGGGUGGUUGGCAGAGGAUCCCGGAAGGGGGGUCGGGGAGAGGUUUGGAGGGUGGUCCUGGGUGGCUGUUGUCGGGUGGGCGGUCGGGUUGGCUGGGAAUGUCUACCACGACGAGAUCCUCCAUUCUCUCCGCGGCCGAGCAUUGAUCUUUGACGCCGUUCCUUCCCUUCGACCGAACGUACCCGCCGAUGCUCCGAAUACCAAGGUACACAUCAAGCAAGAUGACAAGGAGGAUAACAAGACCGGGGGCAAGGUCUAUGAGAUCCCGCAAGGAGGAUUGUUCUAUUGGGUGACUUUUCCUAAUUACCUGUGUGAAUGGUUCGAAUGGACUUGUUAUGCCAUCCUCACCUCGCCGUCUUUCACACUCCGAUCACCAGCUCCUGCCGUACUCGUUUCACAAGCUCAGAAACGGCAGUACCCCGAAUUCGUGGUGGACCUCAUCCGACUACUGGGCCGACUCCCUCUCCCCUCAUUCACCACGAGCAACGGUCUACGGGAACAGGAAGCGCUCCUCCUAAGCCCGCCGUGGAUGUUCUUGGUGGCCCUGCUCGCGGCGAUGAUCCCGAGGGCGAUCAACGGGCAGAGGUGGUACGAACAGACGUUUGGGGCGAGGUGGCGAGGUAGCGGGAGGGAGGGGGGGAGGUGGGCGUGUCUGCCGGGGUUGUUGUAG